ACGGGGCGCUCCGAUUGGCCCGGGGUCGCCGCGGCAGGCCGGGCUCCCUCCUCGCGCUCGGGCGGGUAUUGUCUGACGGCUCUGAGGCGGUUCGAGCGGCGGCGGCACCAUGGCAGGUGGGAAGGCUGGGAAGGACAGCGGGAAGGCCAAGGCGAAGGCGGUGUCUCGCUCGCAGAGAGCCGGAUUGCAGUUCCCCGUGGGCCGCAUCCAUCGGCACCUGAAGACUCGCACCACCAGCCACGGGCGGGUCGGGGCCACCGCCGCCGUGUACAGCGCUGCCAUCCUCGAGUAUCUCACUGCUGAGGUCCUGGAGUUGGCAGGCAAUGCCUCCAAGGAUCUCAAAGUGAAGCGCAUCACUCCCCGCCAUUUGCAGCUGGCGAUCCGUGGUGAUGAAGAGUUGGAUUCCCUCAUCAAAGCCACCAUAGCAGGGGGAGGCGUCAUCCCCCACAUCCACAAAUCUCUGAUCGGGAAGAAGGGACAGCAGAAAACCGCGUAGGGAUUGGGGUCCGACCCGGCGCCCGGCGCGGCCCAGCGCUGCGGGAUGUGUGGGGCAGCUCCGCGGGGGGGCGGAGGGAGGAAACGUUGGGAUGGGUUUUGUGUCCCCCCCCCAACCCUGAGGGGCGGCGGCCGCGCCGAUUGGCCGAGGUUUCUCCCGUGUGUUUUAUACCGAAAUGGAACGGAUAAACCAUUUUUUACAAACG